AUGAAGCUUUUUUCUCUCAUGUUACCUGCAUUUUGCUCUACAUACCUUCACCUAUUUCUUCUCUUUACACUGAACUCAUUGUGUUUUGGCCCAAACACAACUGCCUCUACAUUGGGAAACCAAACUGACCAUUUGGCAUUGCUCAAAUUCAAGGAAUCAAUAUCCAAUGACCCAUAUGGAAUCUUGUUCUCUUGGAAUAGUUCUACCCACUUUUGCAACUGGCAUGGAAUCACAUGCAGCUCCGUGCACCAAAGAGUUACUGAGUUGAACUUACAAGGUUAUCAAUUGCAUGGGCUCAUAUCUUCACAAGUUGGCAAUCUCUCUUUUCUUAUAAACAUCAACCUCGCAAACAACGGCUUCUACGGAAAAAUCCCGCAAGAAUUGGGUCGAUUGUUACAACUGCAGCAACUCUCUCUCGUCAACAACUCGUUAACUGGGGGAAUUCCUACAAACUUGACAAGUUGCUCUAAUCUCAAGGAGUUACACUUAUCUGGGAACAAUUUAAUUGGUAAAAUACCAAUUGAAAUGGCCUCUCUUCGGAAGCUUCAAGUUUUUGCUGUUGCAAAAAACAAUAUAACCGGAGAAGUCCCACCCUUCAUAGGGAAUCUUUCAUCCCUAACAGUUCUAUCAGUGGUUUUUAAUAACUUAGAGGGAGAUAUUCCACAAGAAAUAUGCCUCCUCAAAAACUUGACAAUUAUAGCAAUGGGUGUCAACAAAUUGUCGGGUACAUUUCCUUCUUGUCUUUACAAUUUGUCAUCUCUUACUAUAAUCUCAGCUACAGAUAAUCAAUUUAAUGGGUCUCUUCCACCCAACAUGUUCCUCACCCUUCGCAAUCUCCAAGUACUUGAAAUUGGAGGGAAUCAAAUAUCAGGUCCAAUCCCCACUUCCAUUGCAAAUGCUUCGGUCCUUCAAAUAUUUGAGAUAACUGAAAACCAUUUUGUAGGACAAGUUCCAAGUCUAGGGAGGCAGAGAGAUUUGUAUAUCCUAAUUUUGUCAGAAAACAAUCUAGGUGACAACUUAACUAUGGAUUUGGAGUUUUUAAACUCAUUGACAAACUGUAGUAAGUUGCAAUUUUUAGAUAUAGAAUACAAUAAGUUUGGAGGUCGUUUGCCAAAUUCCUUGGGCAAUUUAUCUUCCCAACUCAGUGAACUAUACAUUGGGGGUAAUCAGAUAUCAGGAAAAAUUCUUGCAGAAUUAGGAAAUCUAAUUAGCUUAACUCUCUUGAACAUGGAAUACAACCAUUUUGAGGGUAUUAUUCCAUCUACUUUUGGAAAGUUUCACAAGAUGCAAGUAUUAGAUUUGGUUGGAAACAAGUUGUCAGGAGAUAUACCAUCCAUCAUAGGCAACCUCAGUUUGUUGUAUCAUUUGGAGUUAGCCCAUAAUUUCUUAGAAGGAAAUAUUCCUCCAAGUAUAGGAAACUGUCAAAAGUUACAAUAUCUUAACCUUUCCCAAAACAAUCUUGGAGGAACUAUACCUUUAGAGGUUUUUAGUCUUUCCUCUUUAACACUCUCCCUAGACUUGUCACGUAACUUAUUGGGUGGUAGUAUACUAGAUGAAGUGGGCCAAUUGAAAAAUAUUGGUGGGCUAGAUGUCUCUGAGAAUCAUCUGUCAGGUAAUAUUCCUAGAACCAUUGGAGAAUGCUCAAGCUUGGAGUACCUUUAUUUGCAGGGGAAUUCCUUUCAUGGAAUCAUCUCAUCCUCUUUGGCUUCACUAAAAGGUCUUCGACAUUUAGACCUAUCACGAAAUCACUUGUCUGGAUUAAUUCCUGAUGUUUUGCAGAAUAUGACUUUCUUAGAAUACUUAAAUGUAUCAUUUAACAUGUUGGAUGGUGAGGUACCAACUGAAGGUGUCUUUCGAAAUACAAGUGAGUUAGCAGUGACUGGAAACAACAAGCUUUGUGGAGGUGUUUCAGAGAUGCAUUUACCACCAUGCCCUGUCAAAAGUGAUAAACUUGCAAAACACCACAAUUUCAGGUUGAAAGCAGCGAUAAUUAGUGUAGUUGCUUUUCUACUCAUACUGUCAUUCAUUUUCACUUUCUAUUGGAUGAGGAAAAGUAGCAAGAAACCAUCUUCUGAUUCACCAACAAUUGACCAGCUGGCCAAGGUUUCAUACCAAAACCUACAUCGCAAAACUGAUGGGUUUUCAACAAGAAACUUGAUAGGAUCUGGAAGUUUUGGCUCUGUGUACAAAGGAACUAUUGAGCCAGAAGACACAGUUGUUGCCAUAAAGGUCCUAAAUCUUCAAAAGAAAGGAGCUCACAAGAGUUUCAUUGCUGAAUGCAAUGCACUCAAAAAUAUCAGGCAUCGAAAUCUGGUUAAGAUUUUAACAUGUUGUUCUAGCAUAGAUUUCAAAGGUCAAGAAUUUAAAGCUCUUGUUUUUGAGUACAUGACAAAUGGAAGCUUAGAAAGUUGGUUGCAUCCAGCAGCAGAUAUUGCAUAUCAUCGUAGAUCAUUUAACCUUGAGGAAAGGUUAAAUAUUAUUAAUGAUGUCGCUUUAGCAGUUCAUUAUCUUCACUACGAAUGUGACCAACCUGUCAUUCAUUGUGAUUUGAAACCUGGCAAUGUCCUUCUUGAUGAUUGCAUGGUAGCUCAUGUAAGUGAUUUUGGUCUAGCAAGAUUGCUCUCGAGUGUUGGAGUCUCUUUGACGCAAAGUAGCACAAUUGGAAUAAAGGGAACUGUUGGUUAUGCUCCUCCAGAGUAUGGAAUGGGUUCCGAGGUGUCAACUGAAGGCGAUAUGUAUAGCUUCGGAAUUCUGAUUUUAGAAAUGUUAACCGGAAAGAGACCCACAGAUGAAAUGUUUAAAGAUGGUCACAAUCUCCAUAAUUAUGUUAAAAUUUCACUUUUGAAUGACUUUUUGCAGAUUGUGGACCUCACUAUUCUCACCGAUGUAGAAAAUGCCAGUAACAAUGAGAACCUUAACCUUAUGCAUCCUAAUGUAGAAUAUUGUUUGCGUUCGCUUUUUAAUAUUGCACUUGCUUGUUCAGUGGAAUCGCCAAAAGAAAGAAUGAGUAUAAUUGAUGUCAACAAGGAGCUCAAUCUAAUCAAAAGUUUCUUCCCUUCGGGAAUUUAA